CGCAUGGUCCCUUCCUUGUUGUUUCUCUGAACUUCACGAAACAGUGGAAUAAUUCAUUGAUUCUUCAAACAUUGACCAGAGAUAUUAUUAGCGAUGUAUCAUCAACCGGUACUGAAGAACCGACGAACUCUUCUGGAACGAGCUGAGAAAUUCAUAUCUGAGAUUUAUUUCACCGACUGCAACCUUAGGGGAAGACUAUAUGGAGACACCUGUCCCCUGGAGUCCAUCUCCUCCUCUCUGUCACAGCAGCGGAUCCCAUUCCUGGAAGCCGUCAAACAGAACUUUCAGCCUUAUCAAGUUGGGGAGACCUUUGGACCUACAUGGUGGACAUGCUGGUUUAAAGUAUCUCUGAGGAUCCCAGACUCGUGGAGAGGGAAGCAGGUCCAUCUGAGCUGGGAGAGUGAUGGAGAGGCCAUGGUCUGGAGGGAUGAGCAGCCUGUACAG